AUGCUCGCUCGCCAAGUCCACUCUGACCAGCUCUUGGAGCAGGCGCGCGACCACCCGCAUCUCAACAUCCUCGCCAAAGCAGGCGCAGCGUCUCGCGACUCGCACGCCAACAUCUUCGCCGGCCGCUACGAGACAGAGGGCAUCCCCAAGCACGAGCUUCCCCAGGACGGGCUUUCGGAGGAGGCAUCGUACCAUCUGCUUAACAAUGAGCUCGAGUUGGACGGUAAACCCGCCCUCAACCUGGCUUCCUUCGUGCACACCAGUCUGCCUGAGUGGGGAGAGCGACUGGUCAAGGACCACCAGUAUGUCAACAUCGUAGACCAGGACGAGUAUCCGCAGACGUUGGCUAUUCACGGAAGAUGCAUUUCGCAACUCGCGGCUCUCUGGCACGCUCCCAAGGAGAAGGACUCCAACGGCGAAUGGAAGCAGGCCUUUGGAACAGCCACUACCGGCUCAUCCGAGGCCAUCAUGCUCGGCGGUCUCGCUAUGAAGAAGCGCUGGCAGCAGAAGCGUCAAGCUGAGGGCAAGCCCUGGCGCGGUCUCGGCAACGUCGUCUACGGUAGCAAUGCUCAGGUAGCCAUCGAGAAGUUUGCCCGCUACUUUGACCUCGAGGAGCGCCUCGUCCCCGUGAGCAAGGAGAGUCACUACCGCAUGGACCCGAAGAAGGCGAUCGAGAUGGUCGACGAAGAGACUAUCGGUGUCAUCGUUAUCCUUGGAUCCACUUACACGGGCCACUACGAGCCCGUCGAGGAGAUGCACAGCCUCCUCGACGACCUGCAGAAGCGCACCGGCCUCGAUGUACCUAUCCACGUCGACGGUGCCUCGGGAGGAAUGGUCGCUCCCUUCGCUCACCCGAACCUCAAGUGGGACUUCCAGCUUCCUCGAGUCGUGUCGAUCAACACGUCAGGCCACAAGUUCGGCAUGACGCAAGUUGGACUGGGCUGGGUGAUCUUCCGCAGUCCGGAUGUAGUGCCCAAGGAGCUCGUCUUUGAGCUUCAUUACCUCGGGUCAGUCGAGUAUUCCUUCGGUCUCAACUUCUCCCGACCCGCCGCUCCUGUGCUGGCACAGGCGUUCCGUUUCCUUUCCUUGGGCUUCAACGGGUACAAGGACGUAAUGGACUUCGACCUCAAGAACGCGCGCCUGCUCUCUCGCGCCCUCGAGCUGUCGGGCAAGUACGAGGUCCUUUCGGACAUCCAUCGACCAGCGAGCAAGGUCGCCGCGGCAGGCACGGCCGUAGGUGCAUUGGACGACGAUGAUGCCGAAAACUACGAGGCGGGCCUGCCCGUCGUUGCUUUCAGGUUCAGCGAGGACUUCCGUCAGAAGCACCCGCACAUCCAGCAGAAGUGGAUCCAGACUUUGCUGCGCGUCGAGGGGCUCAUUGUGCCCAACUAUAACCUCUCUCCGGACGCAAGCGACGUUGAAGUGCUCCGCGUUGUGGUCCGCGAGACGGUCACUGAGCAGCUGGUCGAGCUUCUGUUCACAAAGAUCAUGGAAAAGACGGAGCAGCUUGAGAAGACGGACAGCCCUGAGGCUGGGCUGGCUUUGCUGGGCGCCCAUGCUAAAGCGAACCAGGCAGAGCAUAAGAAGAAGGCGCAUCAUCAGGGUAAGCAUGCCCAUCGCCCUACAGGACACGGGGUGAAAGCUACGGGCUACAGCAAGCAGUGCUAG